AGAACGCAGCACUGCCCAUGACGGGAUCCCCCUCGUUCCUUGACCACCGUAUUCCCCCAGUCCCAGUCCUCCGUUCCCAGGAAAGCAAACUAAACAAGGAGAAACCCACUCUUGAACAGACCUCCCGCCACCUCCGAACACUCUCCCUUAAUCCCCACCUGCACCAGACCCGCCUCCGCCGCACGCGCGCAAUCCUCCCGCCCCUGCUCACGUCGCCCUCGCGGCCCUCGCGCGCCGACCUCGUCCGCCGCUCGAUCGUGCUGACCCACACGGCCUUCGCCUCGCGCCGCCUGGCCCGCAGCCUGGCGUCUAUCCGCCUCGCGCGCCAGCUCGCCAAGCGGCCCUCGGUUGAGACCCUCGUCGAGCGCUGCGUCCUGCCGCCAGAGUGCCUGCCCCUGGCUCCUCGCUCCCCGGCCUCUUCCUCCUCCGGCGGCAGCGGUGACGGAAAGAGACGGAAUGGCAGCUACGCCGGCGUGGCUCCCGUGGCGCCGGCGCUGAUAGCGAGGAAGAGGGCGGUGGAGAGGGAACGGGUCAAGGACGGGUUGAGGGCGUGGGUCGGAUCGGUGUGGAAGGGGGAGGUCGGGAAGAGGCAGGAGAAGGUCAGGAUGUGGGAGGAACGGGCUGGGGUUGGGAGAGUGUGGAGGCUGAGGCGGUUUUGGGAGAAAGUUGGAAGGGGGGAGCAGGUGUGAUCGAUGCUCUUUUCCGCAACUCUUUGACUUGAUGAUAA